GUUUCAGCUAGAAGAUUGAUCAUGUUGUUAUUGCAGAGAGGAAGGCCUCCAGGAGCUGUGCUUUACAGCCUUUCACGUGGUGUCUGAGUGCUGGGAGGCGGUUUCUUCUUGGAACAUGAAGAGGACAGAAAAAAGAAUACAGAAUAAAGUUGGCUGGCUCCUCUGGCUGAUGGCAUGUUGACUUACAUGGGCCAGUGGCAGCAAGGGCAUCUGAUCCAGAGGGGGCCACUCUAGAGGCCAGGCCACCAGCACCAUGGGCCAGUGUGUCACCAAGUGUAAGAAUCCCUCAUCGACCCUGGGCAGCAAGAAUGGAGACCGUGACCCCAGCAGCAAGUCACAUAGCAGGCGGGGUGCAGGCCACCGUGAGGACCAGGUGCCACCCUGUGGCAAACCAGGUGGAGAUAUCCUCGUCAAUGGGACCAAAAAGGCAGAGGCUGCCACUGAGGCCUGCCAGCUGCCAACAUCCUCGGGAGAUGCUGGGAGGGAGUCCCAGUCCAAUGCUGAGGAGUCUUCGUUGCAGAGGUUGGAAGAACUGUUCAGGCGCUACAAGGACGAGCGGGAGGAUGCAAUUUUGGAGGAAGGCAUGGAGCGCUUUUGCAAUGACCUAUGUGUCGACCCCACAGAAUUUCGAGUGCUGCUCUUGGCUUGGAAGUUCCAGGCUGCUACCAUGUGCAAAUUUACCAGGAAGGAGUUUUUUGAUGGCUGCAAAGCAAUAAGGGCAGACAGCAUUGACGGGAACUGUGCACGGUUCCCUAGCCUCUUAACAGAAGCCAAGCAAGAGGAUAAAUUCACGGAUCUCUACCGGUUUACAUUUCAGUUUGGCUUGGACUCCGAAGAAGGGCAGCGGUCACUGCAUCGGGAAAUAGCCAUUGCCCUGUGGAAACUAGUCUUUACCCAGAACAAUCCUCCAGUAUUGGACCAAUGGCUAAACUUCCUAACAGAGAAUCCCUCGGGGAUCAAGGGCAUCUCCCGGGACACUUGGAAUAUGUUCCUUAACUUCACUCAGGUGAUUGGCCCCGACCUCAGUAACUACAGUGAAGAUGAGGCCUGGCCAAGUCUCUUUGAUACCUUUGUGGAGUGGGAAAUGGAGCGAAGGAAAAGAGAAGGGGAAGGGAGAUAGGCACUCAGCUCAGGGCCCGAGGGCUUGUGUCCCGAGGAGCAGACUUAGUGGCUCUGUCCCAGGAGCAGCAGCAAGGAUCUACCUGCUGCCCUACAGCCAACCGAGGAAUUGGACCUUUCUGGAAAUUACUGAAGAUCCGGAUAUUUUCUACUUUACACCUUUCUCUGCCUUGUAUCUGAAAGGGCUCUAAAAUGCUGUAUCAUGUUUUAGGCACUUUCUUCAUUUUUUUGGUUAUUUCUUUUGGGGGGGCAACACCCCUCCUCCCAAUUUUUGAACCUGGCUACAUGUCGUGUAUCUUUUUUUGAAGCCUUCAGAUAGAAUAAGCCUGCCAUUUCUUGCACAAAUUAGAUUUUUUUGUGGGGGGAGGGUGUAAAGCAGGGUGGGGGGAAUAGGACGGUUAGAUUGAAUUAACAUUACAAAAUGAUGCAGUGCCAGAUCUCAGUUUUGCAUAUUGUUUUUCAGGGCAGGUCUGUACUGUGUGUAGUGCUGUUUACAUGGUUGAAUUUAGGUUGUAAUAAUUAUUUUUUGAGAUUUACACAGAUUUGAAUAGCAGUGUUAACUGUUAACCACAUUGCAUUAUUCCCAGACGAUUUAGAGCUCUUGGAGAGCCAAGGCCGGCCAAGAGCAUUUGCAGUCUGGUGACAACCCCCUUUUAAGCUCAUUUAUCCAGAACCCUUACUUCCUUCACUUCUUGCUCAUUCCUUCUUUGACCUAUUGAAUUUCAUGUUGAGUUUAUCCAUCAACAUGCUGCACCUGUCAGUCAGGUGAGCAGUUUUUUGUUUGUUUUAAAGAACACAUUGUACUGAGAACCACUUAAGCAUUGAAUGCAGAGAAAGCAGUGCUACCUCAGUUUUGCUGGAAGUAGACUUCUUUGAUAGUUUUCUUUCUUUGAUGAAGUUUCUGUAUUUUCAUGUUGUAAAUGGAAAUACCCCCCUCCCCCCUUUUUUUUUUGAUUUGCCUUGGAGCCAAAGUUUUUGUUUUUGGUGGUCGGAAAACUGUGCCUGCCGGCCAGCUGACUUAAAGGAAAACUGUGGUAUGGAGCUCUGCUUGAACUUUUUAAAAACUUUUCUUUGAAUAUCAUCAGCUUACUUGUCUGGCAAGUGCAGAAGCCUGGGGCUGGCCUGAACUCUGCCAAACAAAUAUCAAAGUGUGUUUAAUAGUUAAAUGUGUGCCCUUUCCCUUCUUGCUGCACCCAGGUUAUCACUUAACCCCCAGGAGUUAUUUAUUAUUUUUUUGUUAAUGUCAGGCUCAUUUGGGGUAAUGUGAUGACUGUUUAGGUUUACAUGACCCUCCUUUCCUCCUCUACCCCCAAAUGUGUAUAUAUACAUAUAUAAAAUAUGUAUAUAUUUUAACUAUAUAAAAUAUAUAUAUACACAUAUAUGUAUCUAUAUUCCUUUGUUUCGUUGCCUGUUAAAACUGGCCAUAAAAGAGGGAGCUGCCUUCAAUACAUAAAGUAUAAGAAGAGUGCCAGGGAAUAUUAUAAUGGAGGCUUUUGAAUCUGGACCAUUUUCACUAAGGAGAACUCAGCCCUUUCCUUGGGGAAGGGAGGGUCCAAUUCCCCAUACUCCUCUGCUUGCUCGCUCCAUAAAGCCGACUUUGGCCAAACUGCCACAGGGGCCUGAGGAGCUGACUCAGGUCCUCCUCGUUUCAGGAGAGGGUCUUCUUGUUAUUUUUAAAUUAAAAAUAAAAAUGUCCUCAAAAAACUGUACUGGAAGGGUGGGUGGCAGGAACCUGUAUAGUUCAGCUUCCAAUACUUUCGAACAGAUUAAAAAGGGAAUCUUUUAAAUAAAAACAUAAAAAUAUUUAUAUUCUUGAGGUAAUCAGAGUUUGUCUGUUAAACAUUUGGGAAUUUUUCUCCUUAUUCUGCCCCUCUCCCCACCAGGUAUGUGAUUCUUAGCCUGGGCAGGAAUUACAUCUAUUGAGCUCCUUUAUUAGUAGCCUUAUAACUAUGAGUUCCCAUCUUUACAAAGAUAAUUAUUUAAGGAGUUUUCAGCAGUUGGUGUUCUUCUCAAAUUGACUAUUGACAUAGGGAACAGAUUUGCAAUUUGAAUUUUUUUUUUUAAACCCUAAGUGUAACAGUUGCCCUGCUAGAGGGUCAGAUAGGAAACUUUAAAAUCAUUCACAGAAGAUUAACAAUACUGCUGGAAAGCUGAAGGGAGUCUUAGGCCAGAUGUCUGGCUUCAUUCUAGCGAAAAACAUGACCUUUUCUAUAAAAGUGUCCAAAGGCCACAGCAGGUUCUGUAGGCUCAACUAUAGUUGGAAUAUCUAGUUGCAACUCCCAUUUUUUUCCAGUUCUGAAUUAGAUAGAAACUGAAUGAGGAAAAGAGCAGGCUGCUCCUUGCCAGGGAAGGCUCUAUCUCAGAUCAGAAGGGCUUAUGGGCAAGACAUGCACAAAAGAGGAAGGCAGCUGAGGGCAGCGAGGACUCUGAAGGAACUAGAUUCCUUACCUUGCCUGUAAGAAGGCAUUCCAUGCAAAAGGCGUACUAAAGUGGGUAGAUUUUGUUUUGCUUUUUAUUUGUUCAGCCACACCUCUCCAAAAAAGAGCCAUUUAAAAAAGUAUUUUUGCUUGCAUUUUUAAUGAUUAAUGUGUUAGAAGGAUGCAGAAGGGUAGCUAGAAAAGAGCAGUCAGGGAGGGACUCACAAGGUCCUUCUAGGUUUGAGUCUCUGAUGUUCAACAGGAAUUCAAGCUUCUGCAGAAGGGUAGCUCUGGACUAAGGCCUCUUUCAUGACCACAGGAAAAGCAGUUUUUCUAUAAAGGGAUCCAAAGUGAGGUGUAUGUAGCGUCUGCUUGCAGUUCUGCUUCUAGGAAGGGAAAAGCCCCUUUCUACUCAACCUAGAAAUAGGUUUUCCACUUAAAGUAAUUCUGUGGAGGCCAAGCGCACCUUAGGUAAGCCUGUGAUUGCAGCUCAGAGUGACUUGGAGGAAGCAGGAUGCAGAUGCCAUUUUGAAAACUGGCAACAUCGGGGUGACCACAACAAUAUAUAUGUUGGGAAAUUGCUAGUUUUUGGCAGAUGUCUUUAUCUAUGAGCUUUUGCAGUGUUUCUUUAGCAAUUUAUUAGAAAGCUGGUAUGAGACAAAGUGUUCCUUCAUUGACUUGCUCUUUCCUUAUCCUUGCCAAACUGAAUGUAUCAUUCUUAACCUCACCUCCUGUAAUAGCAUGUAAGCUGUGCUUUAGCUGGUUGUCUAAGUAGCUCUCCCCUCUUCCUGCCAGAUGUGCCCACAUGUGUGAGUUGGGUUCAGGAAACCAUAUCUGCCUUUCUGAUAAGAAAAAUCUAGAACUGGGUUAAGAUUCAAAUUUCAACCAAACUCCCAGACCCAGGGAAAUACAACUGAAAAUGCACCAAGGCAGUGUUUUCAGAAUUAAACUUCCUUAAGGAAGGUCCAGACCAGCCUCUGUAGAAAGGAAGAAUUGAGCCACACAGUAUUAGUCUUUGAAAGAAAGAGUACUCAUCUCCCAGGGGCUGGUGCCAAAAUUUAGUCCUCAGCACUGGAGGCUGCAGGGUAUGGGAUCUCAUAGUUCACCUGAUGGCCUCGUGUACUAUACACUAUGCCAAAUUGUAUUAAACAACCGUGGGAAGUUACUUGGAUAAGGACUGCUUAAGAGUUUCCACACCAAAACAUCUGUAUUUAGGAGUUUGUUCUACUACACUUCAAGUGAGGUCUUCAGUGCAGUUUAGACUCAGUUAUACAAUAUUAAG